UAACCGUAAACGUGGUUUAGCAAAACUCCCGGAUCCAAACAACCGCCGCCAGAACGUACAUAGUGGCGGAAUAGAUCAGAGUCGCCAUGUCAUUCGCCGGCGUAUCCUUGAUCCGCGACGGCAGACUAUGCCCUUCCGCGGCGGCCAUCAACGACGCCGGCGCCGCGGGCGGGUACCACCUGCUCGUGGUGGAAGGCUACUCGCGCACAAAGGCCGACGCCCCCCACGGCCAUCACGUCGAGUCUGGCCCCUUCAGAGUCGGAGGGUAUCUCUGGUUCCUCAAGUACUACCCCAACGGCUCGUCGUCGGCCAGGCCCGGCAGUACGUCUGCCUCCCUCAUCCUCGCCCAGGAUGUUGAGAAGCCUGUCAAGGCGCAGUUCGUGUUGAGCUUCAUUGGCCAGUCCGACAAGCAGGAGUCAACAUACAUUGGCUUGACUGAAGUAUGCGAGUUCCCUUGCAAAUCUGCCGGUAUGUCCUACCUGAAUUUCAUGAGCAGGGACGAGUUCGAAUACUCGGAACAUCUCAAGGACGAUGGUUUCACCCUCCGAUGCGAUGUGCUUGUCCUCGACGCCAAGGUUACUGGCGCCGCCUCACCGUUCGUUACGGUGCCACCGCCCGACAUGCAGAGGCACUUCACCGAUCUCCUCAAGGACGAGGAAGGCGCCGACGUGACGUUCGAGGUUGGUGGCGAGACGAUUGCCGCACACCGGUGUGUCUUGGCGGCUCGGUCUAGGGUCUUCAAGGCCGAGCUCUUUGGCCCCAUGAAGGAGAGCACGGCAGCUGGCCACACCAUACAUGUGGAGGACAUGGAGCCUCAAGUUUUCAGGGCGAUGCUUGAGUUCAUCUACAAUGACUCUGAGCCGGAGAUAGAUCACAAGGACGACGAUGAGGACGCGAUGUGGCAGUGGCAGCACCUGCUCGCCGCGGCGGAUAGGUACGAUAUGCAGCGGCUGAAGCUCAUUUGUGAAGAUAAGCUGUGCGGGUUCAUCGAGGUGAACAGCACGGCCGCCAUCCUGUCACUAGCUGAGCAACACUGCUGUGACGGCCUGAAGAAAGCGUGCUACGCUUUCCUGGGCACGCUGGGAAACCUGAGGGCUGUCGCCGCCACGGAUGGCUUCGACGAUCUCAUCAGGAACCACCCCUCCGUUAUGAAGGAGCUGAUUGCCAUGCUUGCGCCUUUUUGAGUGUCAUCUAUCCAUCCGAAUUGAGAGGAAUGGAAAAGUAACGUCUAGAUUUCGGAAUCAUUUGGUCUCUAUCAGUUAAUAAUGGGUUUCCGGAUUUUUAGGUUCUUUUGGUCCUGAUUUUUGAGUUUUGCUCAUGAUAAAAUUAUUUUUUAGAUGAAACAGUGGGUGAUACAAGUCAUCUGGCUUAGUUUCUUUUCCUCUAUGAGAUGCAAGAUAAGUUUUGUCCCAGUUUAUUUCUUCAAAAUUCAGAAAGAAUGCGACAACAGGCAAAAGGAGGCCGAGAGUGUUAAAAGACUAAAACAGACUUGGCGUCGCGAAAACCAUCAUGUAUUCAUGUCUCAUAACCUUUUCA